AUGGCUGCUGCUAUUCCUCCUAUCACCGGCGCUCUCCGCCGCGGCCUCGUCCUUGACCUCAGCACUGCUUUCGGUCUCGGAACCACAUUCGGCUACCUGUGGUGGUACGGUUACCACCUUCCUCGCGUUCGUGCUCGUGACAGCUUCUACGCUCGUCUUGAGAACGAACGUGCCGCCAACAAGGAGUAA